GAUUCCCGAAAUAACCUACCAACUAACCGGGCAUCCACCGACGGCGGCAGUGUUGGAGUUUUGAACGUCGAGAGCGUCAGUCUUCGCCAUGACCGAUGACAGAACACACGGUUUACCGCGUCCUAAAGGCCGCUCGGCGUCGAUCUGCGCUACGAGCUUAGAGGCGAUUCCGCCUUCAGGUGCUUCCCCGGAAAGUACCAGAAGAAGAAGGCCCGCCGCGAGAUCUCAGAGUGCCAGAUUGACCAAUAAUAGAAGAUCAGUCAAAAAUCGGUCAAUUGCUUCUAAUAGUGUCAAAAGUCAAAGUACUAGUGAACCGAAAUUGGCCGAACAGGAUAUCACUCCAGAAGUAUCUCCGCAUAUCAGAAGAAAAGGAUCACAGAGAAGAGGUACUUCUGUAUAUCAAAGAAAAUCCACAGCUUUCUUGGAUGUGCCAGACUCUCGUGCGAGACACAACAGCAAUCCCGAAGAAGAGGAUGAGGAUUCUUAUAGAUUGCGAUCUUUCAGUUUUACUUCUAAAGGAGUUUUUACGACUAAAACAGGUAUAGUCAACAGAGGUGAUUCAUUUAGAAGACGACGCUCAAGAAGUAAUAGCCUAUGCCCUCCCGCAAUGGGAGGCACUCCAUCUCCUGUGCUGGAUGCACCAGAUUCUAAUAUUCCCGAAAUAUCAACUUACAUUGUAUCUCUAUUGGGUGCUCAAGGUGUUGGAAAAACAGCGUUAAUAAGUCAAUUCAUGACUUCAGAAUGUAUAAAUGCUUAUGAUAGGCAAAAAGAUUUGCUGGGAGUUCAAAUGGUAUCGAUUAUGCUGAAUGGAGAAGAAUCCGAAUUAAUAUUCCAAAAUACAGGCACGUUAAAGGACGUCGUCGACAAAAUCCAGCACCCUCCUGAUGCUUUUAUCGUCCUUUAUUCGGUGGUUGACAAGGCUAGUUUUCUGAAAGCGGAAACGGAAUUAAGUAGGCUACAGGACAGUGACCAGCUCCGUUCUCGGCCGGCUAUUCUUGUCGCCAACAAAAUCGACUUAGCUAGAAGCAGAGCUGUAUCAACUCAAGAUGGAAAGUGUUUAGCUUGUACUUAUCGGGCUAAAUUCAUAGAAAUUUCUGUAGGAAUCAACCACAACGUGGAUGAGCUUUUAGUGGGAGUAUUAACACAAAUCAGACUGAAAGUCCAUAAUUUCGAUGAAAGUGGACAUACGCAACAGUGGUAUAAAAGUAGAGGCAUGGUAAAAGCAAGUAUGAAGGCUCGACAGAUGUUCACGUGGUUGUUUGGAAGAGAGGAUUCCAAAUUUAAAAACUGCGAAAAUCUUCAUAUUCUGUAGCGUAAAUGAAUUGAGAGUUGAAAUACGAAGAAAUUCUUUUCUGAAAAGUUUAUUCUCGUCAUAUGCUCCAGUUGAAGUAUAAAAACAGUUUCCUACCUAUCUUUAGUAAUAUUAAGUUAAAAUUUAUAUGCCAGUUUCAUCAAAUUUAAUCGAUACUCUGUGAGAAUAAUAUAUUAAUAUUAGAUUCUGUUAUAAGUUAAACUUUGAUUCUAAUUAAGUGAUCGAGUAUAUUUCCUCCACUACCAAAACGUUUGAAUCAAGUUAGUAUUUAAGUUAGUAUUUCUGAAACCGUUGGUGAUAUACACAGUAUUUACUGCUACCACUACACCAUUACUCAGAAUUACAGAGUCUCGAUAACGAAGUUAUCGUCUUCAGAGAGCAAAGGUGCUGUAUUUGUGUCUAAUCUAUUUGAACAUAAAUAAUCCACUAACAUGGCUUGUUUCCAGUGACCUAGAUAAUUUUGUACUAAAAACAUAUUUGUCGUUGACUUGUUCGAUGUUUUCAUGAGAGAAAUCGAGGUUCAAAUGAAGGAAAAAAACUUUAAAAGGCAUGGUAAUACCCAUAGGUUCAACAUUGUACCCUAUCACUCGGCUUGUUACAUUAUUUUUUCUAACAAUAUUAUUCUUUAUAUUCGCUGGUAAGUUUUUCAAAUAUCUUGUUAACUUUGCUUUUUUAUUAUUGUACUCAAAAAAAUUCCAGUUAUCUUUAUUAAUUUCCUUUUGUUUUAAGCAAAUUUUGUAUAAUAGUUUCUGUGUAAAUUUGUAGCUUCUAUUUAUUCUGGGGAAAACAACGAAUAAAAUAGAACGGAUUUGGUUAUGUUUUAAGACAUAUAAAUUCAAUAUUUUUAUGUUAGACGAUAAGCUCCUUUUUAUUCAAUUCUGUUCUACUUACUCAUUUUUUUAUAGCCAUAAACUAUCCAAAUAUGAAAUGUUAAACACUUCCACAAAAUAUACAGUAUGUGGAGAAAAAUAUAAUGAAAUCAUAAACAUCUGAUCGAUGAGAUAAGAUAAGAAAACUAUCUACAGAACUGAUGAAAAAUUGAUUCGAUAAAUAGAUGAGACCGUUAACUGUAGGUACUAGAAAAGCCUCGCGAGUGGUGUCUUAAUGUAAAAUAAUUCAAUCUCUUACGUGACUAAUAAUUUUGUGAGCGCAAUAUUAAAAAAGUUAAAAAGAUAUUCGGAAAGCCUUCCAGUUUUUUUAGUACCUUUAGUACCUUAGAAAAAUUGUUAUGUACGUCACCCCCUGUAUUUUUACAUUAGCGACAAGUGAAUAUAAGCGGUUGCAGUUGAGGGCAUAAUGAGCUUUAAAUGGAAUGUACCCAUUGCACAUGGUCUUAAGAAGCACGUGUGCCAAAAUAAAUGUUUUUACUUGUUACAUUUUAUUGUUGAAUUAGAUUUCGAAUUUCUAUAUUGACAAAUGGUCGUGGAGGAAGUCUCUUCCAACUGCUAACAUGAAGACAUAUCUAACUUUGUUGGAUCUAAGAUAUCUAACACUGUUUUUUGUAUAACUGUCAUAAAAGUAACAUUUUCAAUGAAUGUCAAAAGCAUUAAAAAUGUUGUUCACAAGAUAGCGUCUCCAUAGUAUAUGAACUAGUAAUGAUGGUUAUUACUCAUGAGGAUGAUUUAUGCAUCAGAAGCUUAGCGAUUCAGUCAUUACUCACGAAUAUAAAUCUAUACUUUAUCCACUUAUCUCAAUAAAAACCCCAAUAUAUCAUUAAUUUUUGUCAACAUGAUAAUUAUAAUUAAUAUUAAUAUCACUACAGUUAUUAAAACUUACAAGUGGUUUUUUAUUUCUCAUAUUAUUAGAAAUACUCCCUGUGGUAGUUGUAAUAUCGUUAAUAUUUUGGUUAAUAUAGUAAUUCUUCCACAAUUUAUCUUCCCCGCUCCAUUUUUUUUAUUGUUAUUAAUAUAACUUCUGAUAACUGCGGUUGAUUUCCAUCCGCCCAGUUUUUUCACAGCUAUGAUGUUACCACCACACAAAUUGUUCCCCUUUGAGCAAUCUAACAAAUUGUCAAAACACCUGCCUUGAGAUAAACAAAUGCUUUUGCCCUAAAUUCUUGUGAGGUUUGUCAACUUAUCUAGUUCGAUUCUAGACCUCAUUAUUUCCAGUUUCAUUGCAAAGUUUCUCCUAAAAGAAAAAAAUCUUCGCCCGGAAACGUGGCUUUUUCGUUUUUUUUUUUUUUCACCAAGCUGUGUUUUGCUUCAUGUAGGCAAACCGUAAAUAAAGUAUAUUGGAAACUUGUAGAGAAUGAGCAGAAUUCUGAUUAAAGUUCUUUUCAUCUGAAGAAAAGGAUCUUACUCCACCUAAAGCUUCAAGUUUGUCAUUAUACCUCUGAGCUGCCACUGAGUUGUCAAUUUACAGCUUCAAAAAGAAAUCACUCAUAUUUAAUCAACUUGAACGCAUGAGUUACACCGUCCAAAAACUACUGUAAAAAGGAAAAAAGUGUCCUAAGUUUUAUAAAUUACGUGAAAGCUUACUUGCAGACAAACUGCAAAAAUACUCAGCUUCAGCUGUAUUCGUUUCACUGAAAUAGAUCUAAAGAGUAUCUUUGGAGUAUUUUUAAUAUCAUGAAACAAAAAGACAAUACUAAAAAAUUCUCAUUACCGGAAAAACCAAGAAAAGUUAACACGAGUACAUACGACAAAAUCAAUUGUUUACUCCACGGUCCACGUAGAUUAGCUGUUUUUUUAAAUUGCCUAAUUUCCAACGAACUAAAUGACAUGUGUGAAAUUCGGAAUAUUUCAGUUUUAGAACUAUACCAAUUUGUUUGACUACAACAGCCAACAUAUUUAUCUCAACUUUUUGGAUGGUUCAUAUAAUGACAGAAAUUUGCUAACCAUAUAGCAGUAAACAAAUUUUAAUGGAACUUCCAAUUCUCAUUAUAAACAGUUCAAAACUGUUUAUAACCUAUGAACAGAAAAAUGAAGAUUACAAUAACAACAAUUGUUGAUAUUAAUUCUUAGCGUAUUGAUACAUUUUUCACUAGACUAGAUCAACAUGAAGAGGAUGUAUCACUGCAGCUUGCACUUAAGAUUAUUCUUUCAGCAAUAGUAUUUUAUAAACUAUGGGAAAGAAUAUCUUGUUACUUGUAUAUUUCGUUGGCUCAUGUAGUCAAUAUAUUUUCCAAAAAUGCAAAAAUGAACGACUUAUUUUCGUUCUAGUAUAUGGUAUUUCCACAAUCAAUAAUUUAUCUAUUCAUUCAGUGUUAACUAUAUAACUAAAUUGCAUAUAUCUUAACGUCGCGUCGCCAGACUCUAUAUAUACGAGGUCUGGCUAUUAAAUAACGAGAGUGGUUACGGAAAAGGGCUUUAUUAUAAAAAUAAUUCUACAUAAUAAUAAUUCAUUCGGUUAUUGCCAUCCGUUUAUUCAUCUUUUUGUGUUUAAAACCACAAACUGAUAAAACUUGAGGCAAUGUUUCUGAGCUGAUAUAAUUGUAUUCUGGAUAAUCUGCUACAAUUUGUUGUAUUAUUUCUAAUGUCGCAACCCUGUAUAAAAUCUUGAGUAGGUUUGUCAAUUGAUUUCAGUUUUUCUUUGCAUGUUUUUCGGUUCUGUAAAUGAUCCACGGCAACCCCUUUCGUGACUACUCGAUAAAUAAAAAAUUUAUUUACUCUAGUUAAUUCAGCAAUUCUUAUAAUGAUAUUGCAUUAUCAGAUUUUCCUUUGUCAAAACAUUCGAAUAUAUUUAAAAUAACUUGCUGUGUUUCUAUAUCUAAACCUUUAUUAUUAAAUGUCUUUAUUCUCACUGCACUGUGAUUCAUGUAUUCUAAAGAAUGCCAUAUUUCUAUUUAUUUAAAGAAUUUUAGGAAUUAAAUAAAUUUUACCAAACGACGCUAAUGGCAGGAAUAUUUCAAAGAAAUUGUGUACAUACAGCUUCGACCAAUAGAAAUGCAUUUAUAUUUACGAUUCGAUGUUAUCAUUGGUAAACAGAGUCCACGUGGACUGCCGGUUUGUUAGGUAUUUACUGAAUUUUAUACAGGGAGUAAACAUUAUAUUUCAUUUCUUAAUUUGGUAUGAGUGCCGUGCGUAUGUAUGAAAUAUUGAUUGAUCCUCGCAUAGCUGUCAUAAAAUAGUAUACAAACCUCGGUAGGAAGUUUCAUUCCUCUCUCGAGAUCAUAACUAACGCGAAGCGUCAUGGUUAACUAUAUCUAAUCUCUCGACAGUAAUGAAAUUAUUCCCACAUCGGUGUGUGGUAACUAUGAAUAAUGAGAUAACAUUGUCAUUUCACACCAAAUAUGUUAAUAAUUUUUGUUAAUACGUCAAAAAACAAUUAACUGGCAAGAGACGUCAUUGGUAUACUUUUAACUAUUUUAUAAUCAAAAUAGAACAGUUAUACAAAAAAUUUUGUAUAAGUAAAUUUAUUUUGAUCGUGAAAUUGCUACAUUCACAUCACUCUUCUCUCAAACACCUUAACUCACAAAAUAAAACGUUACUUUUAACAUUUAUAUCAUAAAUAACUAUUAUUCAACACAUUGUCAACAAUUAUAUCAAAUAUCAAUUUUUUCUAAAGAACAGUAUUAAAGUAAAUGAAACUUUGUGAAAACACUGUAGACAUUUACAGUAAACGCUCCUGCAUUUUUGUGAUCUUAACAGAAAAAUUCUAAUCAUGUCAUAUCAUAGUAAGUGAAGCUCAAGAUUUCUAAUUCGAAGUCUUUUCGAAUGAACAGAACUGGCAUAUAAAUUUUAUGAGCGACACUAUAUCGAAUAACCUAAACUAUCUAAAAUGAUAUUUUAGACAAUUUAUAUAUUUUUAUAUAAUUGUAACGCUCAAAUCAAAGUAGAUUUAGUUUAACCAUGUUUGAUAAAACUACUCAAUAUACUAUAAACUACGGGACCUAUUUUCUAUAUUCGAAUAUAUAUACCCCCAAAAAUAUUGGUUAUCAGUUUAGUCAUAUCGGUAGAAAACGUUUGUACAAACCUAAAAUGAUGUAAUUAAAGAUGUUUAAAAUUUAAACUGUAUAAUAUUGUGACUGUGUUUUAUAAACGAGCCAUGUCUCCAUGAAGUUAACCCAAUUCCCCAAAACAUGAUAUUUGUAAAUUUAUUUCGAAGCAAAUUAAAAUUUUAUUUGUAAUUUUGUUUCUUUAACACUUUGACUGCCACAGUGUAUUUCGAAAUCAACUUCUUCUUUUAGUGCCGUCUUCUACCAAAGGUUGGCGACUAUCAUUUGAUAGACAACUCUAUUUUGCGCUGCAUGAAUUGUAUUCGAAGCUUCUGCUAUUUGGAACCAUUCGCGUAGGUUAUUUUUUUUCUACCUACCUGCUAUCUUACCUUACACGAUAAGCUGUAGCAAACCGUAUUUUUCAUUCCGAAAUAUAUGGCCUAGAUAGUUAAUAGUUCUUAAUAGUUACAAGCAAUUCUAAACCUUUAGCCAAUCUUCUGAGUACGAGCGCUUGCAGGCGUCCGUUUUUUUCACCCUACAACGGACCGUCAAUAAACGGCUAUCCUUGUAUACAUAUAUUUUUUUACCGGAUGGAUGUUACCUAGGACUGCCAUCUUACAUGCGCUAGUUAAUAGUUUUGAACUGGUAAUCAGAGAUUACACACGUGUGAAAUGAAUAAUAAGAAAAAGAAACUAAUAUUGGCCUACUAUUUGUACAAGAAGAAACAAAACCUUCAUUUGAAGCAAGACAAUUUUCCCUCCAAGCGGCAAAACUCGACUGUCUAUUUUUAUAGCACUCUUGAGUUUUGUUUUUGUCCCACAGUACAGGCCUAUUUUCAACUAAUGGCAAUAGCAGCCACGGUACGGCACUCCAUCUGCAGAAAACAGGCAAUACGUAUGGCAGCGUCCACACGCACCGAAACACUUGCGUGGAUGACCGCGUAUAUUGUUCGCCGUACCGAUGUCCGGUGCAUGUACACACAUCCAUUAUAAAUCAUACACCACCGCGAAUCCGGCAAGAAACACUGUCCGUUGUCCGGUGAAAAAAACGGACGUCUACAAGCGCUCUACCUCAGUAUUGGUAACUCUAUCAGUCCAAGGUAUUCUUAAAAUGCGUCUAUACAGCCACAUUUCAAAAGCUUCUAAUUUUUCCAUUGUUGCUACUUAAGUGUCCAGCCUUCAACACCGUAAAGCAGCGUAGAGAAUACGUAACAUUUCGUGUCUCGCCAUCGGGUACCAAUGCUCAGGUUGCGGAACACAUUUGAUCGGACAAAUUUCUCGUCGACCUUUGUCACAGUUUUUAUUCACUUUUCUCACUUGUGGAUUCGCUACCACAACCUAUUAAGUUAAAAACGCUCGGAAACAUAGCGUCCUCUUCAGAACUUGUUGAAUUUGUAGCGUAUGUGCAACCAAACGAUUCCGCUGGUGUUUUACAAAAGUUGCUCAACGAUUUCGUCCGCUGGAUCCGAGCAAAUUAUAAUGUGUCUUCUUCUUAAGGUACCGUCUUAAUCAAUGUAGGUUGACAACAAUCGUAUCAUAGCAUUCUCAAUCGCUAAAAUUAUGCAGGGUAGAAGUAAAUAUAACCAUCUCUAUUCAUCAGAAAGUGUCUAUCCAAAGUCAUUAAAUUCGCUGUAGCAAGAGUGUAAAUUUUAAGUACAGCGUUAGAAAAUUAGGAGAAGUAGAUAAAAUUUCAGUCCCUGUUAAUGAAUACAUAGUUAUUCGAAAUCUUGGAAUAUAUAUUAGAAAGAGUACACUUUGGUGUAUGAUUGCCACAUUCUCACAAAAAUAACGUUCAUAAUCUAGUUAGCAAAGCUGUUUCUAGCUCUAGUUUGUUUUUUUAUCAGCAUUAUUCCAUCCAUUGUUUCACCACAAAGCUUGUUCUUAAGUUUUGGUUUUAUUCCCAACACUAUGGGGAUUACCAUUCUGUUUGAAAUGUUUGUGGGUUCGAUUUCGAUGGUCUAAAUUAUAUAUUUUCUUUUUCCUCGAAUAUGAGUCUGAAAAGGUUCUUCUCCGGAAGUCAUUUGUACAUGUCAUUUUUCUAAUUUGCAGUAUUUUUGGGAAAAUACACUAUUUUAUAAAAUUAAUUCAUGGAACUACUACUUUCACUACUAAUUUCUGGGGAGUGCCCAGAGUUAAGAAGUCACUAUAAUAAGACUAGAUGGCGCAAAAAACAAAAUUUAUUAUUGUAUUUGACAAUUUUAAAAAAAUUUCGAAAAAAUUAUAGAAUUAUGUUAAAAUUAUCAUAUUAUCAUUUACCACUGUUAAUAUUACCGCUAUUUUGAACUAUAAUAUGCUUAUCGUUUACUAAGGGACACUUUUGACCUAAAUCCCUACAUAAAGUGAUUCUCCUUUCCUCUGUUCUCCAUAGUUAAAACAACCUUUAUUUCAAUACAAUAUUUGUGUUUAAUAUCUGUAUUAAUUUUUUUAUAAAAUGAUAAUAUAAUCAAUAUAUCAAGACAUAUCAUUUCUUCUAAUUGGCAAGGGAUAAAAAUUUCAUAAACUACAUUGAUGUGUAAUCAUCACCUACAACAAUAUCCUUCCUAUUUAAAAAAUCAACCAAAACUUCAUAUCUUUAAAUUGGGCCAUCCUGUGUACAUUAAUAUUGUAUGUAAAAUUCUGCGAUAAGAAAUAGUAAUUGAAGGGUACCCACAUUUUUCAUAAAAAAAUUAGUAUUUGAAUUAUUGAAUUUAUUCCAAAUUAGAGAAUCAUGUUAUAGUCAAAUUCUUACUACCAGUAGUAAAUUAGAUCAAAAUUUUAAUUCAGAUAAGUUAACAAUUAAUUAUUGAAACCGUCGUUAUGGAAUAGAACAUAAAAUAAUAUCACCUUUUUUUACACCAGUGAAACACCAUAACACUCAUAGAUAAUAUACCAAUUUUCAAAAUUUCUUGCUUUAUUCUCUUUUUUAUGAAUAAUUUCUUUAUUUAUAUAAUUUUUUCUGUAGAUAUAAGCAACCUUAUUUAUCUAAUUUGGUAAUAAGAAGAUUAUAAAAUGACUAACUGGUUUUAAAAAGUUUAACUUUAGAAUGGUAAAAUAAUAAUGAAUUCUUUUUUUGUGAUAUAUUAUUUUUAAAAUGUUAUAAAUAUCUAAGAAAUAGAAAAUAUGAAUUAACUAUUGAAAUAAUUAUUAAUGAUUAUAUAUAGAUGAAAAUAAUAAUUUGAUUCUGAGAAACUUUCUUGUAGUUUGCUUAGCACAGAAAGAAAAACAUAUCUAUGAACAGUGUUAAUGGUUUAAAUGAUGGGUAUACUAAACAUUGUAGAUUCGCUCUUUGUAACUGCACUAGCAGAACUAGUUCAGAAGUGUAGACUGAAGCGCUCUUUGUAGCAGAGCCAGCGCUAGUGUCGCUGUUCUUAGUAACAGUGCAAGAGGACUAGUUCACCCAGUUCACUGUACUGCUUGCACUAGGUCUAGAGUCAGUUCAGCCAGUGCAGUGCAAGAUAGUGCAAUAACUGUAAUCUGGAAACGGUGGCACUACAUCUUCGUCAUCGGACGAAUGUAAAAUAUCAAAAAGUACUAAAUCGUUUUUAUUAAUACUAAACUAUCCGAUUGAACUAAUUCUAUGCACUAAUGAGCUGAACUGGACCAGUGCUGGUCCAGUUCAGUAAAGUUUUAGUGCAGCUACCAAGAAAAAAUCUUAUAUUUUUUUGUUUAGAGGAUAAUAAAAUAGAAGUCAUUUGUGUACAAACUAUGAAACGUAUUAUUUAACUUUCAACUUUUGAAUUUUUAAAACUUCUAUCAUCAUUUGUCCCACUAAAACUAUAUUUCUUUAAACCUUUUUAACGGCAAUUGAUAUUUAAUAUACAAAGUGAAAAGUAUAUAUUUUUUGUGAAAUUUACUUCAAAACAAGUUAAAACCCGUCUUUGUAGUUCAGCUCAAAAUAUAUAAUCUCUAUUUUAACCCUUUCUCUCUUUUUUGUAGUUUUGAUGAUGCCUUCAAAUAAAAAUUUUGGUACCCAACAUAGUACCUGUUGUCACUUUUCAAUUUUAUUUUUAGUUUCCAAACAGAGAAAAAGAAUUUUUAUAUAUUUUUUUACUAAGCCCUCAGCUUUCUAUUUCGUAGCAAUUGCUUCAGAAUAUUCCCUAGUUGAGCAACACAGUUAUUUGAAGUUACUGAAGAAAAAGAACUACCUAAGGGUGCUUCUUCAAUUUUCUUUGAAUGUCGAACCAGAAAUUUAACUGUUUCAAAAAUAUCAGGGUAUAAUAAAUUCCCUAUUGAUUCCAAGUGAUUUGGAUGCUAAUGAAGUUACCUGCACUUUAUUUGUGAAAAUUUCUCAUCUUGAUUCAGUUUGUUCAUACAAAUAUUAACUUUUUUUUCAUUCAUAUCCUUAAAAAGCAUCUUAACUGAUUUAAUUAACAUAAUAAUUUCUUCCUAUUAUAUGUAUAGUGGGGUUUUCCAAAGGAUCUCGUAUUUUUUAUCAUUCUACUAACACUCUCAAAUACUGAUUCUGUUUCCAAAUGUUUAGCAAAUCCACAUUUAAUUGGAACAUAUGCAUAAAUCUAUGUAGCUAUUAAAGAUUUUGAACCAUUUAUUCAGAUCACUUAUAAACUUUCCUCGCCUUUUUAUCAGAUCUGGAUUGCAUUUGAAAAUUAUACAUUGCGUACAAGCCACUUAGCGAGACAUAUCAAUGUUAAAUUAAACAUCAGUUAUCUUUAUAAAUGAAAACCAUUUUUCUGUAUGACUAUAUAAAUUCAAAUCUUCAAUGCGACAUAUUUCAUGUAUUAUACUAACAAAGUAUUUAAUAUAGAUUUUGUAUUACGUUGAUAAAAUAUAGAAUUAAAGUCGAUGAAAAGGAAAUUUUUAAGAGCUGGUUGACAGUAUAAAAUUUUCUGGAUCAGCUAAUUUAUUAUAUCUAGUAAUAAGCAAAGGACUUGUGUUGGAAGAAAUUAGUUUUAUAAUUAUUUCUAUUUAUUUUUAAAGUAUUCGAUAUUGUUUACAUAAAUUUGAAAAAUAGUAAUAAUGUAAAAGUUUCUAGUUGUCAUGCUCUAAUGCAAAGAUAAAUGAUAGAAUUGAAAAGAUAGUUAAAUAUGUUAUUAAAUAAAGUACAAUUUUUUAAAUUCUUCAUUUCAAUGCUUUGAAAUUGAAUUAAAAUUAAACUUUAGAAAUUUUUCAUUAAUCUACAUCCUUUGCUCGGAAUUGUGGGUAAUUUUAUUGCAGCAGUAGAAACUUGGAAGCUUUCAUGAAAUGUAGGUUCUGUAGAUAUAUUGUUAGUGAUAACAUAAAUCAAACUUUAAUCCAAGUGAAAAUAUGACCAAAAAAAACAAUCAUAUUCAUAUUAAUUCUAACCAAACACCAUGUCUCUAAAUAAAACAGCUAAUUUCCUAUAAUUGAGAAAUUUAUAAGAUAAUUCAUCUUGUUUUGUGAGAGACAUUGGUAAAUAAGUGUAAAUAGCGUAGUGCAUAUAUAUUUAUAUACAUAUUAGCUAGUGCGAUGAAAAUUAUAAAAAAGUGUUUAUGUGACUUUGUUAUUCUAUGAACUUUUCUACAUCGAUGUAUCUCCUAAACUUUUUGACAAUAAUAUUUGUUGUAUGUUGUAUAAAAUAAAGUGGUAAAAGUAA